AUGUGUGAUACUAUCAAUACUCCAGUUCCCUCGAUACUUUUCGUCGUUCCGGUUAAUGCUCAACUACCAGAGUUCCAGUCUUUCCAGAGUCAAUUUCAUCCAGUCUUUUUGCGAUUGUCUUCUAAAGAUGAGCUAAUUAAAAAGUUGAAACAGGAUCCUCAAUUGGCCAACAUUUGCGCUAUAUAUGCUGGUUUCUUGGGGUUUCAGCCUAUUGGAGGUUUAAUCAGUGACGGUCUCAUAGAUGCGCUACCUUCAUCUGUGAAAAUAGUUACUGUUUGUUCUGCUGGUUUCAACGGUUACGAUCUCACAAAAUUAAGAGCCCACGGUAUCGACUUUUGUAACACCCCCAACUUUGGUGCUCCUCAGGUCGCUGAAACUGCCUUGUACCAUAUUAUCAAUGGAUUCAGAAAGUACCAUGUAUUUGAAGAUAAAUUGAGACAGACAGGAAACACUAUCGACGCCCGUACUGAGUUGCAGGAAUAUUAUGACUUUGACUCGUCGGAUGGUAAGUUUAAACUAAUUGAUCGGAAUUCUUCAGCUUCAAUUCACCCGUGGUUUGCAUUCGGCGAAAAAGUCAGCCGUAAUUUGUUCAUCCUCUCUCCCAGAGGAAAGACUAUUACCAUUGUAGGAUUAGGGAAUAUCGGGAGAGAAUUGGCCUAUAGAGUUCAUGCUUUGGGUAUGAACAUCAGAUAUGUGAAUCGCCAUAGGCUUUCAGAUGAGAAAAAUCUGGGUUUUCCUGUUCGGUACUAUCAAAGCUUACUUGAGGCUGCACCGGGAACUGAUUGUGUGGCAUUGUGCCUUCCUAGUACUCCAGAGACGGCUGGUAUGUUCAACUGCAAGGUUAUUGAACGAUUGAAUGAUGGCUGUUGCGUGGUUAACGUUGGAAGAGGAAACUUGAUCGUAGAUGAUGACCUUUUGACAGGUCUUAAAUCGGGUAAGAUCGGCCACGCGGGACUCGAUGUCUUGGAAGCCGAGCCUAUUGUUAACGAGGAACUCGUUUGUAGAGAUGAUGUGACUAUCACUCCUCACCUUGGUUCAUGCACCAAGGAAGUUUACAAUGCCACCGAGAUCUUCUGCCUCGAGAAUAUCACCAAUCGACUUUUGAAGGGAGAAGCAAAAAAUAUAUUAAACUAA